ACUUUUUCUCUUGGCCACUCCUUGGGAUGACCCCAACAUUGCUUACCAGCUUCCACGAUAUGCAUAACCAAAUUACAGUAUUCCUAGAAAGAGUAGGAGGCACAUUUUUAUAUAGAGGAAUUUGGUUUACAAACAUGGAUUUUCUUGUCACUAGUGACCCAGAAAAUGUGCGUUAUGUAAUGAACACGAACAGUUCAACGUACAUCAAAGGGUCUGAGUGGAGGAAGGGAUUUGAUAUCUUCGGUGAUUCUCUAUAUAAUUCAGAUUUCGAGGCAUGGAAACACAAUCGGAAGAUAUUUCAUGCGUUCUUGAAUCACCAUGAAUUCCAUCAAUCUAUUGCGAAGAUCAUCCCGAAUCAAAUAGAGAAAGGACUAAUUCCGUUCUUAAAGCAUGUUGCAGAGGCAGAGCAGGUGGUGGACUUGCAAGAUUUGUUCGUAAGGCAUUCAUUUGAUCUUGCUAGCAUAGUUGUUUGUGGCUAUAACCCCAAGUCUCUCUCCAUCGGGUUACCAAGUGUUCCUUUCCCCAAGGCCAUGGAUGAUGCUUGGAAGGCAACGUUUUUUCGAUUUGUCUUGCCAGAGAGCAUGUGGAAGCUGCAAAGAUGGCUGCAAAUUGGGACAGAGAAGAAACUAAGAGAUGCAUGGAAAGCCCUUGACGAUAUUUUGGCAGACUAUAUAUCGAUGCAGCGUCAACAACUCAAAAGUGGAGAACAUCAUGAUGUAGAUGAGGGUUUCAAUUUUCUAAAGUGUUAUUUGACCGGACACCAGGUGACCGGACCAACACCAACAGAUAAACUUAUGAGGGAUAAUGCAAUACAUAUGAUGCUUGCCAUUGAAGAUACUAGCAGCACAGUUCUCACUUGGUUCUUUUGGAACCUUUCAAAAAAUCCACACAUUCUGAAUAAAAUUAGAGAGGAGCUAACAAGAAACUUGUUAUUGAAAGAAAAAGGAGAAUUACGUCUGCCACUGAACUUGAAAGAGAUGAGUAAGUUGGUAUAUCUUCAUGCAGCUUUAUGUGAAACUCUGAGGCUCUUUCCACCGGUUCCUUUUGAGUUCAGAACAUCAACAAAAAGAGACACUCUUCCAAGCGGGCAUCGUGUUAAUGAGAAGUUGAAAGUUAUGAUCUUCUCCUAUGCAAUGGGAAGGAUGAGGUCAACAUGGGGAGACGAUUGUCAUGAAUUCAAGCCUGAGAGAUGGAUCACGGCAGAAGGAAGGAUCAAACGGGAGCCUCCAAGCAAGUUUUUUGCUUUCAUUUCAGGACCAAGAAUUUGUCUUGGAAAGGACUUUGCUUUUACUCUAACAAAGGCUACAGCUGCAUCUAUAAUUUUGAACUACAAUGUGGAGGUAGUUCCAGGGCAGAAUGUUACCCCUAAACAGAGUUUGAUACUCCAAAUGAAGUAUGGCUUAAUGGUAAGGAUUAAGAGAUGGAACUGAGCUCUUUCUUUGUUCCGUUCUUCUUUUAAUUCUUAUUAGAUAGAAAGUUUUUAGUCAUGCUUAAUGUCAAAUUAAUUAAGAUGAAAUUAAAAAUUGUGCGCAUGA